UUCUGAUGACCAGGGAAAAGUGGGACGAACCUUCAUCGAUAUAAGAACCAUCAAAACGUCACAGAUGUGUAUAUAAGGACGGUGUGCGCACUUCCACAUCAUUCCGACUGCAGUUGUUGCUCCCGCAGAAGUAAUCGACGCAAUGAACACCUCAAUCGCAGUCCUUUUUGCCAUGGUUGGCGUAGCCUGCGCCACCUAUUAUGGUGGUAACAUGGGCGGCACCGUUAUCGUGUCAGGAGGCGGUGGCGGCGGCGGAUACGGCAAAGGCUACGGAGGAUAUGGUAACAUGUAUGGUGGAAAUGGUGGUUAUGGAGGAAUGAUGAUUGGAGGCGGUGGAUAUGGAGGUUACGGAAAGGGAGGAAAUGUUAUCGUCAGCUCCGGUGGAUAUGGAGGUUACGGAAACGGAGGCGGAUGGGGAGGAAAAGGAGGCAUGAUGGGAGGAUACGGAGGUUAUGGUAAAGGAGGCGGAUGGGGAGGAAAAGGAGGAGUCAUUGUAGGAGGCUACGGCGGUUAUGGAAACGGAGGUGGCUGGGGAGGAAAAGGAGGAAUGGGAGGAUAUGGUGGUUAUGGAAACGGAGGCGGAUGGGGAGGAAAAGGAGGAGUCAUGGUAGGAGGCUACGGAGGUUAUGGUAAAGGAAGCAUGGGAGGCAUGGGAGGCGGAUUCGGUGGUUACGGAAAGGGAAGCAAUGUUAUCAUCACCAGCGGCGGAUACGGAGGUUACGGAAACGGAGGCGGCUGGGGAGGAAAGGGUGGAUUCAUCGGAGGAGGAAAGGGUGGAUUCAUCGGAGGAGGAAAGGGAGGUUUCAUCGGAGGAGGAAAGGGAGGUUUCAUUGGAGGCGGAAAAGGAGGAUUCAUCGGAGGCGGAAAUAUGGGAUAUGGAUACGGAAAAGGAGGCAACGGAUUUAUUAUUGGAAAUAGCGGAGGAUUUGGCGGCAAGGGAGGACUCGUCUACUAAGCUACCAGACAAUCAUCUCUUUCACUUAGAUAGUCCUGUACCUUUUUUGUUAUUUUUAUAUUUAUGAAUGAUUAAAGCAGAUUUGAUGAAUAUCAAAA